AUGUAUGCACAAUAUACAUACACUUAUAUUCACUUUUUUUGUUGGUACGUGUUAUUAACGAAUUAAGAACGUAAGAGAUAUUAACAAUAAUAAGUAACGUAUACUGACGUUCAUAAUUUAAUAAACACUUAAACUGAAGAUGAGCGUCACUUUACAUACCGACGUUGGAGACAUAAAGAUAGAAUUAUUUUGUGAAUUGUGUCCAAAAACCUGUGAGAAUUUCCUUGCUUUGUGUGCUAGUAAUUACUAUGACAAUUGUAUGUUUCAUCGAAAUAUAAAAGGUUUUAUCAUACAAACUGGAGAUCCUACACAAACUGGUAAAGGUGGAACAUCAAUAUGGAACCGUAAAUUUGAAGAUGAAUUUAAAGAAGAAUUGAAACAUAAUACCAGAGGACUUAUAUCUAUGGCUAAUAAUGGUCCAAAUACAAAUGGAAGUCAAUUUUUUAUAACAUACGGUCCUCAGCCACAUCUAGAUCUUAAAUAUACUUUAUUUGGAAAGGUGAUAGAUGGUUUAGAAACUCUUGAACAACUGGAAAAACUUCCAGUAAAUCCUAAAAAUUAUAAACCCCUCACAGAAACGCGAAUAAAUAGUGUAACUAUACAUGCUAAUCCUUUGGCAGGAUAAAUAUAAAUAAAUUGAAAUUACAAUUAAA